ACUAUGCGCGCGGCGCGCGGGCGACCAUGCAAUGGCGCUCGCUGGUGCUGGGGCUGCUGCUGCUGAGGCUGGGGCUGCACGCGCUGCUGGCGCUGCUCCCCGCGCUGGCGCCCGGCCUCUGCCUGCGCCUCCGCCUCCCGUUCCCCUUCCCGCCGCGUUCCGCCGCCCUCGGCCAUCCCGGCGCCGCUCGGCCGCCUCCCGGCGGGGGCUCCUCGCACUGGGGUUCGCUGCGGGGCGGCGGCGGCGCGGCGGGGCGCGAUGAGUACGAGAGGCGUUACAGCGCCGCGUUCACCCCGCAGCUGCGGGCACGGCUGCGCGACGCCGCCCGCGGUAUGUUCGCCUUCGGCUACGACAGCUACAUGCAGCACGCCUUCCCCAGCGACGAGCUCGACCCCCUGCACUGCUGCGGCCGCGGGCCCGACCGCGACGACCCCUCAAAUCUGAACAUCAACGAUGUCUUAGGAAACUACUCGCUAACGCUGAUAGAUGCACUGGAUACCCUAGCGGUAAUGGGAAAUUCCUCCGAAUUCCAGAAGGCUGUGAAGUUGGUGAUUGACACAGUUUCAUUUGACAAAGACUCAACAGUCCAGGUUUUUGAGGCAACCAUCAGGGUUUUGGGCAGCCUGCUUUCUGCCCACAUAAUAAUUACAGAUGCCAAACAGCCUUUUGGUGACAUGACCAUUAAGGAUUAUGACAACGAACUGCUGCACAUGGCUCACGACCUCGCAGUGAGACUGCUGCCAGCAUUUGAGAACACCAAAACUGGGAUUCCGUAUCCUCGGGUCAACCUGAAGAAGGGAGUUCCUCCAAACAGCAAUAAUGAAACUUGCACUGCAGGAGCCGGUUCCUUGUUGGUGGAGUUUGGCAUUCUGAGCAGGCUGCUUGGUGAUUCCACGUUUGAGUGGGUGGCCAGGAGAGCUGUCAAAGCACUCUGGAGUCUCAGGAGUAACAACACUGGACUGCUAGGAAAUGUUGUGAAUAUUCAAACUGGCCAUUGGGUUGGAAAGCAGAGUGGCUUGGGAGCAGGAUCAGACUCGUUUUAUGAAUACCUCCUCAAGUCCUACAUCCUCUUUGGAGAGAAGGAAGACUUAGAGAUGUUCAUUGAUGCUUAUCAGAACAUUCAGAACCACUUAAGAAGGGGUCGAGAAGCUUGCAAUGAAGGUGAAGGUGACCCGCCUUUGUAUGUGAAUGUAAACAUGUUCACUGGACAGCUGAUGAACACGUGGAUUGACUCUUUGCAAGCCUUUUUUCCUGGACUACAGGUGUUGAUAGGAGACGUAGAAGAUGCUAUUUGUCUCCAUGCUUUUUAUUAUGCCAUAUGGAAGCGAUAUGGAGCUCUCCCAGAAAGAUACAACUGGCAGUUGCAAGCACCGGAUGUUCCCUUUUAUCCACUGAGGCCAGAGCUGGUGGAAUCCACCUACCUUCUUUACCAGGCCACAAAGAACCCAUUUUACCUUCAUGUGGGAAUGGAUAUUCUACAGAGUCUGGAAAAAUACACAAAAGCGAAGUGUGGCUAUGCUACCUUACACCAUGUGGUGGAGAAGACAAAAGAAGAUCGAAUGGAGAGCUUUUUUCUCAGUGAAACAUGUAAAUAUUUGUACCUGUUAUUUGAUGAAGACAAUCCAGUGCAUAAGUCUGGAAAUAAAUAUAUGUUUACUACUGAGGGACAUAUUGUGUCUGUGGAUGAACGUUUUCGGAACUCGCUGUGGCAGGAUAUCCUCCCUGGGGAAGAGGACAGCACAGAAAAAGUUAAACCUAACGAAUUAAAGGCCGUCAACUUCAGCUCUAAUUGUAACAGAGUUCCGGAUGAGAGGAGAUAUUUGCUGCCAUUGAAGAGCAACUACAUGAGACAGAUCGAUCGGAUGGUGGGCUUGAUCUGAAUGGUUCUUCAGAGUAACUUCUGUCGUGUGUCAGGAAGAGCAUGGGAUUUGGCUCUGGGCAUUCCUCUUCAGCUGCACAGCUGUGUGUGCUGCCAGUGGGUGUCCCUGUGCUUGUUAGUUUUCUAUGAUGGAUAUGAAGGGAGAUUUAAUUCCCUUACGAGUUCAGUCUUCUGAACUAUGGAAGCUCCAUGUGCCACCCAAAUAGAGAUCUCCUGUUUUAAGACUUCCAAUGAAAAAUGUUGAAAAUGAAGGUUGGAUAUACUUCAAAAGAGGAAAAAGGAAAAAAAAAUUGGCACGUGCCACUUAGCUACCUCUUUGUAGCUGCAUUACAGAUUUCCCUUUGGAAAAGGGAGGGUCAGGUAUUUAAUUUGAAAUGAUUGUGGGGUUGGGGAAGGAAUGGGAAAGUGCAAUUUCUAACACCACGUUUAAUUAUCGGGUUAUUCUGACCAGCAAUACACAAUCUGAAGUACUUCUCAGGUAGGGACCCACUGGCAGUGGGUUUUGGCUAAAACAAAAACGCUCUGUGUUGAACAGUAUCUUGAAAUCUCUUGAUCUCAUAAGAAGCUGUCAGGAUAAGUCAUGAGAUCCCUCAUGUGCACAGUUGAAUAGAGCUGUGCAGUCACAAGGGCUGUAGCUACAGAAACCAGUAAUAACACAAAUUUGGUGCCUUCUUUUGUAAGGGAGUGCGGGGUAGGGUGGGGGGGGCGGGCAAAACUUCAAAGCCACUCAGCUGUAGCAGCUAACCUCCAGUCACAGUGCCUGCCGUGUGCCUGGUGCCUCUUCCAGAGAGAUGCUGAGAACUGCUAUGAGUCUGUGCAGAACAAAGUGUUUCACGUUCCUUACAGCAUUAAUAUGUUAGUGCCUUAUGUUUUCCUCAGCGGCAGGAGAAACUGAAACAGCGUAGCUGCUGUUCCCAACCCAAAGAAUGCUUCUGGGUUUAUUUUCUGUCAUUGUAAUGGGUAAAGGGACCAUCUCUGCAUCAUCCCAAGGCAGGAGUCAGUGGGAGGUGGGAGCUCAUCCUUCUGUCACGAGGCAGUUUGGUACGUGCCAUCACAACUGCAUCGUGCCUGCAGGAGCUGGCAGUGCUCACCACCAUGCUGGAGUGCACUGCAGGCUGUGCCUUUGGAUUCCAGUGAGAAAACUGCUGGUGCUUCGUCCCACCAUCUUCAAUUGCAGCUCAGGUGCAUUGGAGGAAUAGCAGUGUGAAUUUUCAGGAGGAAGGCAGCUGAAUUCUGAGGGAUGAGAGCAAGCUGGGGCCCAACAACUUCAUCCAGUGACAGCUUUUUCCAGUGGCUCCUCAUUGCUUACAUGCUUUUUAGAUGCUGCUGCUGACUGCAGUUGAAGCAGUGGAAGGUUACUGUUGGGUUCACUGUUUUUAAAUUAAGGCUUAAAAUAAGGGCAAACUUAAUCUGCUGUAUUUUCACCUUUUUAUGAUAACGUCUGUUUUCGUAAGCCAUAUAUUGCAACUCAAAACAUUUCUAAUAAAUAUGAAGUUAGUGCUUUUAAGAGGUUAUUGCUUGAAUCUUUCAGUGUGCAGAUGCAUCUCAGGGACCUCACUGUAGAAUCUUUUAUUCCGUGGUAGCUGGAUCUUGUAUUCAGGCAAAAAAUACAUAUAUUCCUGUCUUCCAGGUUUUAAUGAAUGUGUUUUAAUAGGGGUUUUGGAGGUAGAGGGAAAUGUGUUAAGAUUUCCCAAAGCUCUGCAAUAGAAUCAGUUGCCUUUGCUAUCUUAGGCAGCUGGCAAUUCCAGCUCCUUCAGAAUUGGCUUUGCAAACAGUGUCUGCCCAGUUGCCUAAAUCAAAGCAGAACACAAAUUCAGUGUUAAUAUCCAAACGUGUUGGGAAUGGUUCUCCUUAACCAGCAAGCAUUGACUUUGUGAACAUCUACAGAAGUGUGGGAGGAUGAAAUAAAGGGAGUGCAGGGCAGAGACAGCAGAAAUGCCUGGGGUUUCUGAAAUACUGCAGGGCCAGACCUGGUUGUGCUCAGUAACGUGGAAGCAAAGCACAGCGUUCUGGAACUUUCCACUUCAAAUUGCUGUAGCAGAUGCCAACGCUGACGUUGCCCUGGGUGUGCUGUGGAUGUUUCUGGUGCUGGUUUCCCCCCAGCUGGCAGUGGAGCUCUCUGAAUGUCGUUUUGCAUCGUGCAGUUGCCUCUGUGUUUUGUGCCUUCUGAAAAGCCUGAGCCCUGCUCAGGGUUCCAGCUGAGUGUGACGCACCAAAGUCUGUUCCAGUUUUCCCCAGGGAAGCGCAGGGCUGUAAUGAAGUUGCAUGGUAUCCUGCCACCUUGCUUCUCACUUCUCAUGUGUGCCAGGAACAGCGAAAGUCGAUGUGCAGUGGGAGCAGAGCAGGCAGGUAAGGCAGCCUUUCAGCCCGCGGUGACUUGGGCCAUUAGUUGCAGUGCCAGCUCUUAGCUGGGCAGCUUCUCAUUAGAGACAGUGCUGGAAUUUGUGUUGCCCAGGUGAGCCGAUGGCUGUCACCCCACAGGAGCAUCCCUGCCUCCUGGGAGGCUGGUUCUGGUACGUGGUGGAAGGUCUGUGUUCUUCAAAGUGCUGACUUUUCUCUUUUGGAAUACAGAAGUGUUCUGAGAUACUUUGCUCUGUAAUGGCAGGGUACAUGCUAUGCACUAAUGUGGGUAUUUUUAAAAUCAGUGGUAAGUGAAAUUGGUAACACUGCUGGAAUAAUUUGCUGAAACGUUUUGUAUUUCUUGGUAUAAUGUGCAAUAUAAUUUUUUUCUAAUUAAAGAUACAGUGUAUGCUUAAUUGUUGUUUUCCAACAGAGUAUUUAAUUGGGGAUGAGGAACUUUUAAAAGGACCAAAUGAGCUUUUGUGAAAUGUGCGAAGUUUUCAAAACCGAGCUUCAAUUUUAAAGUUUUGCAUUAAAAAUGAUGUAUUUGACCACUUCUA